AUGAUUUCUGUCAAAGUGAAAGUGGAAAACGAAGAGCAAAGUUCCAAUGGAUCUAGUUUCAAUGAUUACAACGAUGUUAAAUUGACCAUGCGGAUUCUAAUUGAUCGCAGAGAAGUAAGAAAUGUGAUUGGUAAAGGAGGUGAAAGUUCUGGUGCUAAAGUUUUAAUCUCUGGUGGUCAAACUCGAGAAAGUAUCGUAUCCAUUACUGGAACUACAAAUGCAAUUUGUAAAGCUACUGAACUUAUCGGACUAAAAGUCGAAGAAUUUUUUGAGAGACAAAAUGGCCCAAAAGCAUUUUUGACUUUGAAGCUAAUUGUACCAAUAUCUCAAUGUGGUUUCAUAAUUGGUAAAGGUGGAUGUAAAAUAAAAGAAAUUAGAGAAUCAAGUGGAGCUGCCAUACAAGUAGCAUUAGACAUGUUACCCAAUUCAACUGAACGUCUAGUUUCAAUCACUGGUACUACGGGAACAAUAUCUCAAUGUGUUUAUCAAGUUUGCAAUGUAAUAUUAAAUUCGCCAUCACGUAAGGCAACAAUCCCUUAUGAUCCUCGUCGUAAAACUUUAGGAUUUGCUAGUAGUGCAGUCGGUACUGAUUUUGGAAGACAAUGCAUUAAUCCUUUGGCCAGUCUUGCAGCUCUUGGGUUAGGAACUGUAUCAACUGGAAGUAUCAAUCCAGCUACCUUAGCUGCAUUGGCUGGAAGUCAGUUGAGAACAGGUAAUCGUCAAAACCGAAAUGGUGGUGGGGAACAUAAAAAUCAAAAUUCUAAUUCGAACUCUGAGACAAUAUCUAUGACUGUACCUAAUGUUUUAAUUGGAUGUGUCAUUGGCAGAAGAGGAAGUAAAAUCGCAGAAAUAAAACAAUUAAGUGGUGCUUUAGUGUAUAUAGCUAAAGGUGAAAGAACUCAUGAAAAUGGUGAAAAUGAAGAUCGACAAAUAACAAUUACAGGAAACAAAGAUUCUAUAUCAGUUGCCAAGUACUUAAUUGAAAUGAGCGUGGAACUGCAGAAAGCCAAUCUUGAGGGGGCAAAUUCAUCAUCUAGUCCUGACGAUGAGUCCAGCUCAGCCUUGCCCACUCCUCCAACAGUGGCCGCAUCUCCUUUGUCGUCCGCCAUCACAUUGGCUGAACUAUUUGCCAAGCCGGGUGUCAUUAAUGCCCUAUCCAGCUUAUCUGCUCUUGGCGGCCUAACCGACUUCUUGGGAGCCUUAUUUGGCGCCAAUCAAUCCUCUCCAAUGCAGACCACAGGUUUCCAUCGCCCAAAAAAUUAUUUCCAGAGAAACUGCAGUCCUUCAGGCGAAAAAACCAAAGCAGACAGGACCAAGUUUGCUCCUUACUGAAUGCUAAUUGAUCCCAAAUCCACCAAUAUUCAUAUUAAUGUUUGGUCCUACCCAUCUUCAAUUCUUUAUUUUUAAGUGG